CUGUGCCUCAGCAAAACACUGAGUUUAUUCGCAUAAUUCGCAAUUGUAUGGUCAAAUUGAUUCCGUGUUAUUAAAACAUAUUAAAAAAUAAAAGCUAUAAAGUAGUUUUCGAAUACCUGCAACAACAAAAUCAGCACGGACUAGGAAUACGAUCAACUAUACGCCGGAAUAACGAUGAGUUUUUCAAGUGAUGAAGUAAACUUCCUUGUAUACCGCUAUCUGCAAGAAUCAGGCUUUUCUCAUUCUGCCUAUACAUUCGGUAUUGAGUCGCAUAUUUCACAAAGUAACAUAAAUGGCGCUCUGGUUCCUCCAGCGGCAUUGCUUAGUAUACUGCAGAAAGGUCUCCAGUAUACGGAGGCAGAAAUUAGCAUCGGAGAAGAUGGAACUGAACAAAGGUUAGUGGAGAGUUUGAGUCUGAUCGAUGCUGUUAUGCCGGAAGUGGUUGCCAUCCGACAAAAUCUACAGAAUCAACAAAAACAAACGAUUAAAACUGAAACUACGGAAACCAACGGAACCGCCACUAGCACUGCUGAGGAAACCUCAACAGUUCAAACAACCACCUCAACGACUACAACGACUACCUCUGCAUCGACCCCAGCACCUGCGGAUAGUAUGGAAGUCGAUCAGAGCAUUGAAAUUCCGGCUUCGAAAGCUACAGUUUUGCGCGGUCAUGAAAGUGAAGUAUUCAUUUGCGCUUGGAAUCCCAGCACAGAUUUACUGGCCAGUGGUUCUGGCGAUAGCACUGCCCGCAUCUGGGACAUGUCAGAUAACGUGACAAAUGCGAACCAGCUGAUUUUAAGACACUGCAUCCAGAAGGGUGGUACCGAGGUGCCCAGUAACAAAGACGUUACGUCACUCGACUGGAAUUGCGACGGUACACUGCUUGCUACGGGCUCCUACGAUGGAUAUGCACGCAUCUGGCGUACCGAUGGUCUGUUAGCGAGUACUCUAGGUCAACAUAAAGGGCCCAUAUUUGCACUCAAAUGGAACAAACGUGGAAACUACAUACUGUCGGCAGGGGUGGACAAAACGACUAUUAUUUGGGAUGCAGCCACUGGACAGUGCACACAGCAGUUCAGCUUCCACUCGGCUCCUGCUUUGGAUGUUGACUGGCAGUCGAAUCAGUCUUUCGCUAGCUGCAGUACUGAUCAGUGUAUUCAUGUGUGCAAAUUGGGCGUCGAUAAACCUAUCAAGUCCUUCCAGGGACAUACUAAUGAAGUAAAUGCUAUUAAAUGGGAUCCACAAGGGCAACUGUUGGCAUCAUGCUCGGACGAUAUGACUUUGAAAAUUUGGUCUAUGAAACAGGAUACUUGUGUUCAUGAUUUACAGGCACACUCAAAAGAAAUUUAUACCAUUAAAUGGUCCCCGACGGGAACCGGUACAAACAAUCCCAAUAUGAACCUCAUUUUAGCAAGUGCAUCCUUCGAUUCCACGGUUCGCCUCUGGGAUGUGGAACGUGGUGCAUGUAUUCAUACGCUGACGAAGCACACAGAGCCGGUUUAUUCGGUUGCAUUUAGCCCGGACGGCAAGUUCUUGGCAUCGGGCAGCUUUGAUAAGUGCGUUCACAUUUGGAGUACUCAGAGCGGUCAAUUGGUGCACAGCUAUAAGGGUACUGGCGGUAUAUUUGAGGUGUGCUGGAAUUCACGUGGCAGCAAGGUAGGAGCCAGUGCCAGUGACGGCAGUGUGUUUGUUCUGGAUUUGAGGAAGUUAUGAGCGGGACCAACGCCGACCGCUGCUGAGAAGAAGGCCAACUCGGCCGGCACUUGAAGUAGCCAUUUAAGGAAAGACGAUGGAAAACUGCAUCUUGAUUAAAGGAAAAUGAUAUGACGAUUUUUUAAACUACUUUUUUCCAACCGCGCAUAGUGAUUAGAUUAGUUUUAGUGUAGUUGUAGUUACAGAUCGCUUUUGGCAUUGCGAUUGACUUUAACGAUACAGUUUGUUGAAAUGAAUUCAAUGGAUUCCGUUUCGUAAUUUGAAGUAUACACUUUUAUUCCGCGUGUAAACUAUUGGAUAGGUGGUUGAAAUCGCAGUAUUUUUUCAUAAUCAAAAACUAUCAUAACGAAGCUCGCGUUUUUGGCGAAGGAUUUUUUUCAGAAACUAGCUGUCAUUCAUAAAUAUUUUAUUGGAAUAACCGUUGAUCCCUAAUAGAUGUUAAUAGAAACCAAAAUUAAUAUGCAAAAGAAUACCGUAUCUGAAAUAAUUGAAGUUAAUCGGUUACCCUACUUGAUAAAUGUAACGCGAGAAAAAAGUGAGUUCUUAAACUUCAUAGUGCGCUGCCCAAUAACGCAUAAUCGCAAUAAAUUAAGAAUAUAGACGUAAAUAAAC